CUGCAUCGCGUUACUCGUUGUUUGCUAUUAAAGAAAACAAACAACUCUCUUCUCCUCUCCUCUCCUCUCUUCUCCCUCCGCUCUCCUCCAAUACCGGUGAGCAGUCUUCUAGUGAGAGAAAACUACAGGUCAGCUCAACUCAACUGAACUCCAAAACAGCAGUUUUAGAGAGAGAAAGAGAGAGACAGAGAGAGAGUCUUGUGUUUCUUAGAUCGUGGUGCUAUGGCGAGAGAUACUCUCGCAGCGAAAUGGAUCUGCUUUUGUGCAUUGGUUUUGGUUGUUGUUCCUUGUAAUUCCUUUUAUCUUCCUGGUGUCGCACCUGCAGAUUUCCUCAUGGGGGAUGAACUGAAGGUGAAAGUAAACAAACUGACUUCUACAAAAACACAACUUCCUUACUCAUACUAUUCGCUCCCUUACUGUCAUCCGGAGCGCAUAGUUGAUAGUGCAGAAAAUCUUGGGGAAGUUCUUCGUGGUGACCGCAUAGAAAACUCUCCUUACGUGUUUAAAAUGAGAGAACCACAAAUGUGCAAGAUUUUAUGCCGUAUUACACUUGAUGCAAAAACUGCAAAGGAAUUCAAGGAAAAGAUAGAUGAUGAGUAUCGGGUCAACAUGAUAUUGGACAAUCUUCCACUAGUUUUCCCCAUUCAAAGGUCUGAUCAGGAAAAUUCCAUAGUGUAUCAACAUGGCUUUCAUGUUGGUCUUAGAGGACAGUAUGCUGGAAGCAAAGAGCAAAAGCAUUUUAUUCACAAUCAUUUAGCAUUUACUGUCAAAUAUCACAAAGAUGCUCAGACAGAUUCAGCCAGGAUUGUUGGAUUUGAAGUAAAACCAUUCAGUGUUAAGCAUGAGUUCGAAGGUGAGUGGAAGAAGGAGAAUACCCGCUUAACAACCUGUGAUCCACAUGCAAAACGUUUGGUUACCAGUUCGGAAACUCCCCAGGAGGUGGAAGAUAAAAAGGACAUCAUCUUUACCUAUGAUGUUGAGUUCCAGGAGAGUGAUGUAAAGUGGGCCUCUCGGUGGGAUACUUAUCUUCUGAUGGCUGAUGAUCAGAUUCACUGGUUUUCAAUUGUCAAUUCGUUGAUGAUUGUUCUUUUCCUUUCUGGGAUGGUGGCUAUGAUCAUGUUACGGACACUUUAUCGGGAUAUCUCCAAGUACAACCAACUUGAGACCCAAGAAGAAGCCCAAGAAGAGACUGGGUGGAAAUUGGUCCAUGGUGAUGUUUUCAGGCCUCCGAUGAAUUCUGAUUUACUCUGUGUCUAUGUUGGAACAGGUGUUCAGUUUUUUGGCAUGAUUCUUGUCACCAUGAUAUUUGCUGCCCUCGGUUUCCUUUCCCCUUCAAACCGAGGUGGGUUGAUGACAGCUAUGCUCCUUCUGUGGGUAUUUAUGGGCCUGUUUGCUGGAUACUCUUCAGCUCGUCUUUACAAGAUGUUCAAGGGAACAGAAUGGAAGAAAAUCACCCUCAAAACAGCCUGCAUGUUUCCUGCAAUAGUGUUUGCCAUCUUCUUUGUCUUGAAUGCUCUUAUAUGGGGAGAAAAGUCCUCUGGGGCAGUGCCAUUUGGAACCAUGUUUGCACUGGUAUUUUUGUGGUUUGGUAUCUCAGUGCCACUUGUCUUUGUUGGUAGUUACAUUGGUUUCAAGAAGCCAGCCAUUGAAGAUCCAGUGAAAACAAAUAAGAUACCCAGGCAGAUCCCGGAACAGGCCUGGUACAUGAACCCAGCUUUCUCUAUCCUCAUUGGAGGCAUUCUUCCAUUUGGAGCUGUGUUUAUUGAGCUCUUCUUCAUUCUUACCUCAAUAUGGUUACAUCAAUUCUAUUACAUAUUUGGUUUCCUAUUCAUCGUCUUCAUCAUCCUGCUGGUCACUUGUGCCGAGAUCACAAUCGUACUUUGCUACUUCCAGCUGUGCAGUGAGGACUACCUUUGGUGGUGGAGGUCAUACCUGACUUCAGGGUCCUCUGCUCUGUAUCUGUUCCUUUAUGCUGCUUUUUACUUCUUCACAAAGCUUGAGAUCACAAAGCCAGUGUCUGGGAUAUUGUACUUUGGGUACAUGCUGAUUGUCUCGUAUGCGUUCUUUGUGCUGACUGGUGCAAUCGGUUUUUAUGCCUGUUUCUGGUUUACCAGGCUCAUCUACUCGUCAGUGAAAAUUGACUGAUGGAUUAAUUGUUUCUUUGUGAAAAGAAUGGCCUAUUUGUUUCUACACACAAGGCUGCACAUAUUAUUUGGACAGGGUCAGAGACGAGGAAUGGUGGUACUUGGAAAGUUACCAUUGGGAUUCAGUUUUGAAUUGUUAAAGCAUAGAAAUUGUUAUUAGUCGCCUUUUCAUACAGGUUCUUUGGCAGGUUUAGUUAAUAUUUUUAUUUCUUUUUGUUUGUUUCUUUUUUUUCCUUGUGUUUUGUUUUUAUGUGACUGACAUUUGAGAGGAUUGUUGAGCAAUCACCCUAUCCCUCCUUGUUCUGAAAAUGGAAAACAAUUCUUGUAUUAUUGGUGCUA